AUGCCAAAUCAUCGUGCUCGGCCAAGCGGAAACGAUAGCAAUAGUUGGUCGUUCUCCGAUUUUUUCGACCUUCUUGCUGCGUCACUUACGACCCCGGGCGCCCUCAACAUCCCAGCGCCCUCAACAUGCUCGAACGAGACAUUCGGCUUCAUCGAGCGUCUGCCCCACCAAAUGAAGCGCUUGCUCAUCACCUCCUACCUGGGCGAUGACCUCCCUUCUCUGAUCCAAUUCUCACUGACCAGCAAAACAAACUGGCUCCUCGUCUGCAGCUGUCCCCGUCGCUUCCUCGAGGUGGAAUUGACAUCAUCAGGCUGUGCGAUCGUCUACCACGGCCGAAGCAAGCAUUAUCUCUAUGAUGAGCGUUUCUGGGGUCCGCUUUUCGAAGGAUCCGAAGUCUCUCGUCUACGCCUAGACGAUGCCAAUCGUAGGCUGCCCCCACUCCAUGUCGACUCCCUGGAUAUUGAAACCGCCGAUCUGUGCACCGUUGAAAUCCUCAAAAAGUACCUGCCGAAGAGCGGGAAAUACCGGGAGAUCCAGCUAAGCCUGGAAGUUUCUGGAGAGAUUUCGGAUGAGUUGGUCAGUUUCGUGCGAGACUCCGCCGAGCAGCUAGCGUGCCGGGUUCCGGGCUAUCAGUUGCAUCUGUGGUACAAGGAAUCCUUCCGGCGGUUCCAAAAUAAGCGUCUGCGGUUCCAUGUCGUUAAUGGCUGGUUGGUCAAUAAAGAAUUGGGGCCCUUUCAUCGUCUUUUGAUGAGGGAAUGGAUCAAGGGUGGAAGACAUAUCGAAUCGAUCACGUUUUCUUUCGACGAGCGCACCGCGCGCAACAUCGCCAUCUGGAAAUCAACCCACAAGGGUCCACGUCGCUUCACCGAGGUUGAGCUGACUCUCUGCGGCACCUGCGCCAUGGUCUUCCAUCGUCGAGCCAGGCGCUGUCUCUACAACAAGCGCUUCUGGGGCCCGCUCCUUCAAGGAUCCAACGUUUCGAAGCUACACUUAAAAUACCCCCAGAAUUUUGACCUGCCACCACUUCAUGCCGAUACGCUGUCUAUCACAUGGCUCAGCCCUUGGACCGGCGCGCAACUUGAAAAGUACAAGCCAAAGACCGGGAAAUUCCAAGAAAUCCUUCUAAGUAAACCCCGCGCCAUCCGACUCCCGAUUGCUCAGGAUUUCAUCGAUUUUAUGCGGGACUCGGCUGCGUCUACCACAAUCACAUCUCGU